UCUCUAAAAAAAAAAAAAAACAAUCAGUGUGGUACAUAAGCCUAGUUUAAAAUCAGCUUGAAGAAACAGCGCAAAAGAACCAUGAAACAUUGAUUACACGUGUAUUGUGUGUACAGAAACAGAGGUAUUGUGACUCCGUGAUAUUGGAUGAGACUGGUUAUCGCAACACUAAAUACCAUACCCUUUUAUAACCUCUUUGGUUUUUUUUUAUUUUUAUUAAUCAACACACUAGCUAACGGUAACUUUUGAACAGUCCAACGGUUAUAUGAGCAAACGAUUUUCACAGCCGUUGGAUGGGCUAUCGAUCAAACGGUCCUAAUUUAAAAAGGAAAAGACCGUUGGAAUGAAGCGUCGUUUCCUCAGCAUAAAAAAAGGGGUGUAUUGUCAGUCCCCAAUGCCUAUGCGCACUGUCUGUUUCUGAUGCAGAGAGAAACAGAGAAUUAGAGAGAGAGAAAGAAGAGAUUAAACCGGUGGUGGCGACUACAGACGACGACUACUACUCAGAAGAGUGAAAGUCGAUUGGGCUAAUAAUCAGGACGUUCCUGUCAUCUUUUUUUUUAGGGGAUUUGGAGGACGAGAUUAAUCAAGCUUCUUCUGAAAUGGGUUCAAGACCAGCCCUUGUUCAACACCAAAAUAGAGGAGAGGCAGUUGCUGGGGAUAUUAUUGUUAAGCAGAAGAAGAAUAUGGCAGCAGCAGCAGGAGGAGGAGGAGGCCAAGGGAGAAACCGUCGUGCACUUGGUGAUAUUGGGAAUUUGGUCACUGUUCGAGGAGGAGGAGGAGUUGUUGAUGCGAAGCCCUCUCACAUCUCUCGUCCCGUUACAAGGAGUUUUUGUGCACAAUUACUCGCUAAUGCACAAGCAGCAGCUGAAAACAACAAGAAACCAGUGGACAAAGCCGCCAUUGGUGUUGAUGGAGCCAUAGCCAUAGCCAGCAAAAGAGCAGUAGUUGUUGCACAGAAGAAGGCUGCAGCUCACAAAAAAGUAGUUACUGUCAAACCCAAGCCUGAGAAUGUGAUUGAGAUAAGUCCUGAUACUAGUGAACAACAAGAAGAAGAUGUCAAGAAGGAGAAGAAGCCUCCUCUCAACCCUAAAAAGGCAAGUGAAGAUGGGUCAUCCAGAAAGAAAACCCAAACUCUAACUUCAAUCCUCACUGCUCGAAGCAAGGCUGCUUGUGGCCUGACUGAUAAACCAAGGGAGGAGCAGAUACUGGAUAUUGAUGCUGUGGAUGUCAAUAAUGAGUUAGCUGUUGUUGAAUACGUUGAAGAUAUAUACAAGUUCUACAAGCUAGUUGAGAACGAGAGCCGAGUUCAUGAUUAUAUGGAUUCGCAGCCUGAGAUCAAUGAGAGGAUGAGAGCAAUUCUAGUGGAUUGGUUGAUUGAAGUUCACAACAAAUUUGAGCUUAUGCCAGAGACUCUUUACCUCACCAUCAACAUUGUUGAUCGCUACCUUUCCAUCAACACUGUGUCAAGGAGGGAGCUACAGUUAGUGGGCAUGGGCGCAAUGCUUAUGGCUUCCAAAUAUGAAGAAAUAUGGGCCCCGGAGGUGAAUGAUUUCGUAUGCAUUUCAGACAGAGCUUAUAGUCAUGAGCAGGUGUUGAUCAUGGAGAAAAGAAUAUUGGGCGGGUUGGAAUGGAACUUAACAGUUCCUACUCCUUAUGUGUUCCUCGUUCGCUUUAUCAAAGCUUCUGAUCCUGAUCAGAAUAUGGAGAAUAUGGUGUAUUUUCUGGCGGAGCUGGGUAUGAUGAAUUAUACCACCAUAAUUUACUGUCCAUCAAUGAUUGCUGCCUCAGCAGUCUAUGCUGCCCGCUGUACCCUAAACAAGACCCCUCUUUGGAAUGAGACCCUUAAACGUCAUACCGGUUUCUCAGAGCCACAGCUCAGGGAUUGCGCUAAACUACUGGUUAGUUUACACUUGAUGGCAUCUGAAAACAAACUAAAGGUUAUCCACAGAAAAUACUCUAAUCCUCAGCGAGGUGCGGUUGCUCUGCUCCCACCAGCCAAAACACUCCUGUCUACCUAAAUGAAUGUUAUUUGGCAGCAGCAAAGGCAAUACCAUUUGAUUUUAUCUGAGUAAUAUUGUCUUGUCAUCUGGGUACUAGUGGGUGGUGAUAGAGACACAGAGAGAGAGAGAGAGAAAUCAUUGGUUGAGAUGAUCCUUAGUGUGUAGGUUGUGUGUCUCUCUUGUGCAGUUUGGAACUAACUUGGAAGUUUAAUAUUUGCGACAAAAUAGGCAUUCAAUUCAUUUUUUCAUUCAAAAUGUACCCAAAUUAUCGAUUGGGUAAUCCAUUUCCAUUCAAAAUGUAUUAUGUUUGUCUCACGUUAUGAUAGACGAAAGUGUGCUUGAUUUUUA